CUUGUUAUGUCUGUCUACAAUAAGUCUGAUGUCCAUCCCUCAACCUUCAUUCUCAUUGGCAUUCCUGGGUUGGAGGCAGCACACAUGUGGAUUUCCAUCCCCUUUUGUGUGGUCUACAUUUUGGCGCUAGUGGGAAACUGUUCUCUUCUGUUCAUCAUCAAGACAGACUCCAGCCUCCAUGAGCCAAUGUACCUCUUCCUCUGCAUGUUGGCAGUGGCUGACCUUGUGGUGUGCACUACAGCUGUUCCCAAACUUCUCAGUCUCUUUUGGUUUCAAGAUGGAGAAAUUCCUUUUGAAGCUUGCCUUACUCAGGUCUUCCUAAUCCACUCUUGCUCAACCAUGGAGUCCGGCUUUUUCUUGGCCAUGGCAUUUGACCGUUAUGUGGCCAUUUGUAACCCAUUAAGACACUCAACUAUUUUGACACACACUGUAACUGGAAGGAUAGGUCUAGCUAUUGUACUUCGGGGAAUAGUUCUUCUCAGUCCUCAUCCUUUCUUACUAAGUUGGCUUCCCUAUUGCAGGACCAACAUAAUUUUCCACACGUACUGUGAGUUCAUGGCCCUCAUCAAGAUUGCCUGUGCUGAGACGAGCAUCCGCCGAGCCUACAGCCUCAUUGUUGCUUUCCUCACUGGGGGUGUGGACUUCAUAUUGAUCAUUUGUUCUUAUGUCCUCAUACUCAAUACAGUCUUCCACCUCCCUUCCAAGGAUGCCAGACUCAAGACUCUGGGCACCUGUGGCUCGCAUGUCUGUGUUAUCUUAGUCUCAUAUACUCCUGCCUUCUUCUCCUUCCUCACCCACAGGUUUGGGCACAAAGUGACUCCCCAAGUGCACAUAUUUGUGGCCAACAUAUAUCUUCUUGUACCACCCAUGGUGAAUCCCAUUAUUUAUGGUGUAAGGACCAAGAACAUAAGAAACAGAUUUCUCAAAGUGUUCAGGUUUUCAAAGUUUACAAACCUGAAUUGGUUUGGUUGA